AUGGAGCCUCGGUUGCGCGGCGACGAGGGGCCACCGGCCAGAGACGAUGACGACCGACUGUCCCCGACUUCUUUUCAUCCUCGUCCGCCCGCCGGCGACACCCUCGCCCCUCUCGAGUUCCUCCAGACACAGCGUCGCGGAUCUAUAACGGAUCCCCAGCUACACGCCGCCGCCGUCUCCUCCAUCGCCGCCAGACUGUCGCCCACGCAGCAGCUCGACCCGCCCCGCGCCCGCAAGGCCGGAGACAGUCUGCCCCCCAUAACCUCGCCCGACGACAAGCCCUAUCUCUUCCCCCCGUCCGUUACGCACCCGGGGCCCCCAGAAUCAGCCGAUUCGAGGCAAAACUUGAGGAACGGACGGCAGCCCCUCCCAGCCAUCCAGACCGAGCAGCAUAAUCCAGCGCCCGAUCCGAGGGCGUCGCAUUCCGCAUCCAGUCCCUAUCCCUCGGGGAGCAAACGCAAAAUGUCGCACGACCGGGCAGGGUUCGCCCCGGUCGGCGACGACAUCGACCCGCAACUGGUUGGCCCUGGCAUGCCAAGCGGUAUGGCGGUCGACCCGGACGGCCCAUCCCAGAAACGGAGGGGAUCCACCAUCGCUGCGCAGAAUCUCUCCAACUUGAGCCUCAAUGAUCGCCGGAAUUCGAUAGCAGGCAACACGGGGUAUCAUCCCUCGGGCUUUCCCGCGGACCCGCCUCAUGGUAGACUGCCCGUGCUCGCGUGGCCCGCGACACAAGGGCAGUCUCAUCUACAUUCACUCGUGCAUCCUGAAGGCGAUCCAAACUUGAACGGCCCUCCCCGCCCCUUCGACUCCUCAGCCCCACCCAUGUCCUCCAUUCCUGGCAUGCCGCCGUACGCAUCCGAUCAAUCACAAAUGCCUGCUCCUCCAGGCGUUGAGCCUGUCUCUGGUCCUACGAGAGCGUUGCGCUCCAGAUCGCGACCCGCAUCCAGAGCAGGUGAACAUCUAACCGACGUGCCGCCCUCUGACGUAGGCGCUCAGCAUGGUAAUCCUCAUCAUCCGCCAGUGCAAUCCCCUUCGUCGGAAGCAGAAGCUUCAAAUUCGUCGCAGGGCCUGAAACCAUCAACGAAGGGAACUCCUUAUUCACGCUCGCCAGAGUUGCGCGUGUCGCACAAGUUGGCAGAGCGCAAACGACGGAAGGAAAUGAAGGAUCUCUUUGACGAGUUGAGAGAUCACCUGCCUGCAGAUCGCGGAAUGAAGGCUAGUAAAUGGGAGAUAUUGAGCAAAGCCAUUGAUUUCGUCGCGCAAAUGAAGCAAGAUCAUCAAGGGAUGAUGCAAGAGAUCGAGAUGCUGCGAAGAGAAAACGAGAGCUUACGACAAGGACACGGAAUUCCGCCCUUCGCUCCUGGUGUAGUCUAUGGUGCACCACCGCCAAUGGUGGCUGCUCCGUAUCCGCCUCCCGGGUCGGUUCCGCAUCAUCCACCCCCGCACCAUCCAUCCGCACAGAACGUCCCUACGCAGGCAUCCGUGCAGCCGCCACCGCCAAUAACGCAUCCUUCCCAAGCGCCCCUGUCAAGACCUCCCUCAUCGCAACACCCCUACCCUCCAGGCAGCGGCGCGUCGGCACCGCAAGGCUCGGCCAACGGCUCUGCGUCGUCUGCUGGCAGGACGGACUCACCGCCAUCCUGACGAUGAUUGCUCUAGUUGCUCGAUGAUACUAUUAUCAGUUUGCUCCGAUUUCUGAGCUUCUUCGUUUGGGGGUUAUAUUCAGCGCUAAGUGUUAUCGAACAUGAGUCAUGUUUUUAUUUGUGCAAUACCC